AUGGAUCACGUAUAUCCAACAAAAGAUUAUACUGAAUAUGUGAUUAAGGAAUCGAUGAAUGAUCUAAAAGACUUGGUUAUUAACAGUGAAAUGCCAAAAACAUUCGAUGAAAUCGCUGAAACAUUAAAUAUCACAGAAGAAGAACUAAGAUACAAGUCAUUAGAGAUAUGCAAGCUAUAUGAGGAUUAUGGAAAGGACAAGGCAUGUGAUUCUGGUGAUGAAUUUUCCGAUUUCUCUGAAGAUGCAUUGGAGCUUAAUUGUGUUAAAUUUUUGAGGAAGGAAAGCUUGCAUUUUAAGGAUGUAAGAUAUAAGGAAAGCAAUUUGAUGACGAAAAGAAAGGAAGUAGAUAUUGAGAAUGCAGACAUGGAAGCAUAUAGUGACUCAAUUAUUUCAAUUAGAUUUUAUGAUUCAUUUAAGUAUACGCCAUGUGUAAAAAAUCAUCCACGAUUUAACAACGAAUAUACAGUAUUAGGAUCAAACUUGUUAACAGAGCUUAGAGAUAUAUUUUAUUGUUCAUGCAACUUUGGUCCAUUUUUUGACAUCAGCGACUAUCCAACAGCUAAAAUCAUUCAGGAAGAGAAUGCACCAAAUCCAGGAUUCUUCUUCAUCCACGACACAUUCUAUAAUGACACUAGAAAUCCAGACUAUUCAGCAAGCAUCAUUAAAUGGAUGAGCAAGUUUCAUUACACAAGAGACUUUAAAACUGCCAAUAUGCAGGACAUAAAGUUUGAAGAUCUGAAAAUAAGAAUAGGAUACCCAAACGUAUAUCAGCAUCAUGGAGCAUGCGAACAUCUUUUCUGUAUCACAAGUGUAGACUUGAUUGAUUCAUCAGAAACCCUGAACAGAUCUGAGUAUCCAAAAAUAUCAUUAACCAGUAAUAAAAGGUCAAUACAGUGUGACAUUUGUAAUAAAGCUGAGGCUGAGUAUAUAGUGACAAACUGUCCAUUGCAUGUACAAGAUCCAACAAGGCUCUGUGAGACCUGCUUCUUCUCCUAUCACUAUAUCGAUCGUACCACUAAAACUUGUGAGUUUAAUGCUUAUAAAAUGUAUAGUCCCAAUCCAGGAAACUUUGAAAUUGUUACGGAAUCAAUAGAAGAAUUCGAACUCAUUGACCCGUCUACAAUGUAA